AUAUUCAUUUACAAAAAAAAAAUCGGCUUACAAAAACAUUGAAAAGAAUUUUUGAAAAUGAAUUUCGAUAAACUUGUUGAUUCUUCUCUCAAAGUUGUCCCUAAAAGACUUUCAUUUGAUUUCUUAAACAUGUCAAAUACUUCUGAUAAUGAAAAAGCAUCUAAAAAGCGUAGGUUCUCAGAGUUAGAAAACAAUAAACAACAGAUGAACUUAUCUCAAAGUUCUACAUUUUUAAAUCCAAAUGAAACUGAAAGAAACGAGACUUUAAACAGUAGUACAGGAUCAUUGUGUGGCUCAUGGGAAGCAAAGUUGCUUAAAGGUGAUUUGGUUGAAGCACAAUCAAGGAUAACACAGCUUAAGAAGGAAAUUCAACAUCAGGAGACGAUUCAAGCUGAAAUGGAAUUAAAGUUUACCGCAAAAGAAAAAGCUCUUGAAAAUGAGAAAAAUCAAUUGCAAUGUAAGGCCGAUGAGCUUUUAAAAAUCCUUAAGAGAAACCGUAAGAAUGAGAGUCACUUAAAAGAAGAAGUUUGUGGAUUAAAGAAUCAAUUGUGUCUCAACAAACAAAAUUUUGAUCGAAAACUUUUCAGUAUUCAAACAGAAAACUCGAGUUUGAAGGAAAAUCUCAGUUUUGAUGUAAAUGACUUGAACAAUGAAAUAAGUCAAUUAAAGCGACAAAAUACAGAAUUGUCUUCGAAAUUAGUAUCAUCAGAAGAGGAAUGUAAAGCUUUAAGCAUUCAAAAUGAACGAUUAAAAACUCAAGUUGAAGACUUAAAUACAAUGAGAAAUGAUUAUGAAAAAGAAAAAAAUGAUCAUUUCAAUAUUCAAAUGAAGGUCAAGGAACUUGAAUAUGAAAUUAGUGGCUAUGGAAAUUGGAAAAGUCUUUCAAAAGCUUUGCAAUCACAAGCACAGAAUGUUUCAGAAAUGGAAAAAGAAUUGAAAUAUUUACGACAUACUAACAACAAUCUCCAAGAAUCGUUAGGCAAUAAAUUGUUGUUGGAAGAACAAGUACAUGAUUUGGCGACUCGUUUAAAACGCUACGAUGAUGAAAGUAACCAUCAAACAACUAUGAAAAUUGAGGUUGAGACUUUAGAAAAGGAACUGAAAGAAUGGAAGAAACUUGCAUCAGAUUUCUCUGAACAAAAUUCUUCCAUAAAUCCAAUAAAUCUUCGCUCAUAUAUUGAAAAUCAUCUUCAUCGUAAUCUCCUUCUCAUGAGUGAAAAAUCCAAUCAAUCUUCAGAGAAAUCAUCACUUCAAACUGAACUGGAGGAUAUAAAAAAUAAAAAUCAAACACUAACAACUCAAAUCGAAUCAUUGAGAAAGUCACUUAAAAGCCAUCAAUCAGUUCUGGCCAAAUUACAAAAGAAACUUCUUUUAGUCACAACUGAACGAGACUCGCAAAGACAACUUUUGGAUAGUUAUGAAAGGGAUUUGACAAUUUCUCAAACCAGCACUUCUAACAGUGCCAGUGCUGAAAGUCAACAAAAUCGAAUUCGAAAUGAAAUGCUUGAGAAAACAGUGAAUGGAUAUAAAGAGUUGUGUGCAAAACUUGAAGCAGAGUUAGCAGAAGUAAGACGACAAACUGGUGGACAGCUUGUUAAAGUUUCAACAACAUCAUCAUCUGAUCAAUAUGAUGCAUUGCGGAAUGACUUGGAUUCAUUUAGAUCUGAAAAUGAGAAGCUUAAAAAGCGGAAAAAUGAAUUGGAAAUUGAAAUUGAAAAUAUGCUUUUACGUCAAAAUGUUAUGGGCAACGAUAAUCGUUUUAAAGUUGUUCAUUUUAAGCAAAAUCCAUCUUCAAUUGCACAGGAAGAGAACGUCAAUGAUGUCGCUAAACUGAAGGCAGAAAUUGAAAGAUUAAAAAUUCGUAACAAGAAAUUAGAAGCUGGCAAUGAAGAUUUAACUACACGUGUUAACGAAACUAUGAGUAUGACGUUAAACAUCAAAGAGUUCCAAAAUUUGCGAGAAGAGUACAAAACUUUAGAAGCAAAAUAUAAAGAGAACGAGAAAGUGUUCACAAAUGUCAAUCAAGAACUUCGUGAGGUCAUUUAUAUGCUUUUUGGAUACAAACUCGAUCGUUAUGGUCACAGCAACUAUCGAAUUACGAGCAUGUACGCUGAUCACGAGAAUGACGAGUUGAUGUUCCAAUUAAAUUCUCAAGGAACACUUGACAUGUUAGAAACUGAAUAUAGUAAGACACUCGACACGUUGAUGGACAACUAUUUACGUAGUGCUACAGGAUCACUUCCUGCAUUCACCAGCGCACUCACAUUAGAUUUGGUACUUAAAAUGACAAUGACAUCAACAUAAUAAACGAAAAAUGUUUGAUAAGCUGUCAAACUUGCUACUUUCCUUGAAUUUAUCUUUAUGUAUGAAAUCACACUUUCAAACAACAAUUUAUUUUAAUAAAACAAAUUUUUUGCCUACCCC